AUGUCAGUUGCUCUGCUUGUUGCACUUACGCUGCUGCUGGUUCCUGCAAUUGAUGUGCACGCGGUCACUCUCGCUCGUGAAGCUGGUCCCAGAGAACAUACCAGCGCUUCUGGAGAGGAGACACAACGCGAUGAUAGUGAUUGGGUUCUAAAGAUAUUGACAAAUCGGAUGAAAAAAACCGCUGAAUGGAAGUCUCAGCUCUUUCCUGGCAAGGCGCAACAGAGCCAAGAUGGCACCCCAAACCACCUGCUGCACAGAUUUCUCUUAAACUCUGCCACAACGACCUUCCACUUAGGCGAAUUCUCUUCGUUGUUUUCUAGAGCACGGAAACAACCAGAAGUGGUAGUAGAACACAUACGCAGCGCUAGCAAUCGAAAGAAGGGGCUACCGUCUCGGCGUGGCCGCGACGGUCCCGGGAGACCCAAGCAGACGCCCUCCUCUAUCCCCGGAGCAGCAGCGCAUGCAUCCCAGGAAUCCUUUUUGAACAUUUCUGCCAGUGGUAAACCAAGAGGGGGCAUGUUGCGGGCCUGGGGUUCGCCUCAGCGGACGUCUUCACCUCCUGUACAAGAAGACUCUGACUCCAGUGGUUUCUGGGACAAUGGAGCGAUUCCCCUGCAGUGGAGACCCAACAUGCAUGACGUGACAGCAUCUGGUAGGGAACCAGCCUGCGUUGCUACCAGUGCCGCUGCGAACGAUCUAAAUAAACUUGUAGCCGACGUGGAGAAAGUUUAUCAAGAUGUUUUCGUUAUUACUGGGCCCCUUUGGCUUCCUUACGAUAUUGCCGGUGCAAUGCCCGGGAUCUACAAUGAGAAGUCGAAGAAGGGUUUUCGCCAGGUGUUCGCAUGCCUUCGGCCAUGGAAAGGGGAAGCGGAGGCGUUGCCUUUGAGCAUAGAAGCAUUAGAAGGCUUUUCACAGCCAGCACCUGCAGGGAGGAAAAAAGUGUAUUACGCUUUAACAAGGAUGAACGAAGAUACUGCAGAGUUACCAGCAGACCUUACAGCGCCUUGGUUGGUCACUGAACCACCCUUAGUAAAAGCUUUUGCACUGUGCCGCAGAAGGCUCCAGUUCGAUACAGGAGAGCAGGAUGCGUUGCCUGUCAUGCACGCAAAGGUCAUCUCUGUCGGCUAUAACUUCAUCCAUGUCCCUACACAUUUUUUCAAAAUCAUCUUAGGAAUCAGGCCAAAAGCGCAGGCUGCACCUCACGGCAUCAACCAAACUCAGGCUCGGAUGCAGGAUCAGGCUCAGGCCAAAAGAGACAGUGGCCCGUUGGCAACACUUUCCCCCGCUGCUUUUGGUUCGUUUCUUGUUCCAAACCAGCCCAUGGGUCCAGUAGUGAGCAUUGAUCGCCUCAGAGUUCCGCUUACAUUCUUAGAGUCCGUGAGCGGCAUGGAUUUCUCUGUAAGUGGUGCCGAUGCUUGUAGAACGCAGAUUACAGGGAAAAAAGCAAAUGAAUAA